UGAAUCAGAUCAGAUCAGAGAAGAGGACAGACAGAAGUUAACGCUGCGACUUUAAAUAUACUUUUUUCAAGCUUUGGUUGAGUUUUGUUUUGGAGUUAAUUAAUAAAUUAAUUAAGCGUUUUUGCUUUAUUUGACGCUGACAAGACAAGAAAAGAAGAUGAAAUACAUUAUAGGAAUUGGCGGAGUCACAAAUGGUGGUAAAACCACUCUCACAAAUAAACUGAUCAAGACUUUGCCCAACUGCUGUGUUGUGCACCAAGAUGACUUUUUCAAGAAACCCGAUCAAAUAGAAGUCGGGGAGGACGGCUUUAGACAAUGGGAUGUGAUCACAGCGAUGGACAUGGAGGCCAUGACCAACACGAUAAGAGGCUGGAUGGAGAACCCAGUGAAGUUUGCUCGCUCCCACGGCGUCACCCUAUCACCCGUCCCCGACGUGGCCAACCCCGAUGAGCAGAUCCACAUCCUGAUUGUGGAGGGCUUCCUGCUCUACAACUACCUGCCCCUGCUGGAUGUCUUUGAUAAGUGCUACUACAUCGCAAUUCCUUAUGAGGAGUGCAAAAGAAGAAGAAGCACAAGACAGUACACAGUCCCCGACCCUCCCGGCCUGUUCGACGGCCACGUUUGGCCCAUGUACCUGAAGCACAGGAAAGAGAUGGAGGACUGCUGCCUACUUUUAGAGUACCUUGAUGGUUUGAAAUCCAAAGAGGAGCUCUACAACCAGGUGUACGAGGACAUUCAGAACACCCUGCUCAAUCGUUUAUAGCAUGAAGUCUCCUUCACACCUGUACAGACUGUAAAUACCUGCAAUGAUUCUUUUUUAUGACACGUGUAACUUUAUUUGAUUUGUUUGUAAAUAGAAGCAAUGUUAAAUUAUCAUUGUCUUAUCUUUUUUUAAACGGAAAGUGUUGUUUGUUUAGUUUUGUCUUUACCAAGUGAUUGUUGAACUCAUUAUCUUGUUGCAGUUCUGUCAAACCACUGAUUUGUGUUGGACCAUUUGACCACCAGUUUCAUUUAGGCAAUAAAUAUUUGCUGUUUAUUAAAGUACAACUGAAACAUC